CCCACUAUUAAAAAAAUAUCCCUGAAUAUCGUCGUGUUUCUCUCUCUAAAUCUAUCGAUCUCUAUCCAUUUAUAUCCAAAUCGGUAGCAGCUGCUCGAUCUUCCUCUCUCUUUCGAAUCAGGAAUGGUGGCUAUCGUUUCUGGGAUCUGACCUUGUGCCCAUAUAUAAUUCGUUUUCCUUUGCUGUUAUACUUGUUGCGGCCUCCUCGAAAUCUCUUCCUCGAUCUCUCCGCCUUUAGCCAUUCGUGGCUUCUGCACAUUGUAAGGGAAUUUCUCUCUGUUAACUUCAGGUAGAAAAUAUGGGCGUGGAGGCUGUGAAAUCUGAGUUGGUACAAGGUUCCACUGAAACUGGUCAUGAAGAAAACAGUUCUUUUUUGAAUGGGAAGGAAAAUGGGUCAACACAUCAGGGGAAUGUCUCUGCUGAACCAAUAACAUUUGGUUCACAGGGUACAAAUGAACCUGUUGAAAGAGAAGACAACAAUGUCCCCGUGUCUAACUUCCCGAAGGAUGCAGUUGAUGAAUGGCCUGCCCCAAAGCAGAUUCAUUCUUUUUACUUUGUCAAGUAUCGAUCAUAUGAGGACCCAAAACUGAAAGCCAAACUGGAGCAAGCUGAUAAAGAGAUCCAAAAGAAGACUCAAGCAAGGUCUCAAAUUCUUGAAAAAUUAAGGGGAAAAAGGUCAGAUCGUGCUCAAGUGAUUGCUCAAUUGAGGCCUUUAAGUGCCGAGAAUAAGCAGUUUUGGACGAUUGUGGAUGAGAAGAGAAAAGAGAUGGAACCUCUGCAGCAGGCACUAGGAAAAUUGCGUAGCUCAAACACUGCUAGCCGAGAGAAGGGUGUUAGCCUAUGUUCAUCUGAGGAAGAACUUAAUAAUCUUAUUAAAAGCUUGCAAUACCGUAUUCAACAUGAAAGUAUUCCACUUUCUGAGGAGAAGCAAAUUCUUAGAGAAAUUAAACAGUUUGAGGGGACAAGGGAAAAAGUAAUUGCUAAUGCUGCUAUGAGGGCAAAGAUUCAGGAUUCAUUGGGUGAAAAAGAAGCCCUUCAGGACCAGGUCAAACUAAUAGGAGUUGAUUUGGAUGGAGUAAGAAAGGAACAGCAGCUAGUUAAGGCCAAGAUUAAGCAACUUACUGAUGAAAAGGAGGCCAUAGAAAGAGAAAUUAAAUCUCUAGAGGCUGAGCUGACUGCUGUAUCUGAAAAGCGGGAUAAAUCUUAUGAAGCUUUCCAGGAAUUGAGGAAACAUCGUGAGGAUGGGAAUGCUUGUUAUUAUCACAACCGUACGCUCUUGAACCAGGCCAAAGAAUUGGCUGCAAAGAAGGAUAUUGGAGCUCUUAAAGAAAUUGGCAGUACAGAGGUUGAGAAAUUUAUGUCCCAGUGGAGCAAUAGUAAGGGUUUCAGGGAUGAUUAUGAGAGAAGAAUUUUGUCAUCAUUGGAUAUCAGACAGUUGAGCAAGGAUGGCCGAAUGAGGAAUCCGGAUGAGAAGCCAAUGGUAUUACAGGAGGCUCCAACCUCCUCUGUAACUGAGACAGUUGCAAAAUCCAAUGUGAAGCAACCGAAAGAAGUUUCCGUUUCAACUCCACAACAUGAUAACCCCCUCGUCGAGAAAGCCCAGAAAGAAACAAAAAGUAAGCCCCAGAAAGAAGCAAAGAAGAAAGCAACAGGUCCAGGAACUGCAGAGCCUAAUGGCUUUAAAGACCAAGAGGGGAUCUCUGGGUCAGAAAAACUGGAAAAAGAGACGCAAUCAAAGCAGAACGAAGUUGAUGAAGCAAAACUGAAGGAGAUGAGAAGAGAAGAGGAGAUUGCAAAAGCCAAGCAGGCGUUGGAGAGGAAGAGAAAAUUGGCAGAGAAAGCAGCGGCAAAAGCAGCCAUAAAGGCUCAGAAAGAGGCUGAAAAGAAGCUCAAGGAAACUAUUCUUCGUUCUCUUCAUUUUCGUGAAAAGAAAGCGAAGAAGAAGGCUGCAGCUGCUGCACCUUCUCCUGAACCUGAGGAACAGCCGACUGAAGUGGAUGCAGAUGUUGCAGAACCGGAGAAGGCUGAUGAAAGAGUUGAAGCUCCAUUUCUAUCAAAGAAUAAGGAAAGGAAGGAAAACCCGAUCAGGUACAGAAACCGAGGAAAAGGGCCAGAUUCUCUUUCAAGAGUGAUACUCAAGCGUAAGAAAUCGAGUAACAACUACUGGUUAUGGGCCGCCCCUGCUGCUGUCUCUGCUCUGAUACUUGUAGUGAUCGGGUACAAUUAUCUUCUCUGAAGAUAAAGACACAACUAUGAAGAAUCUAUGGACCAACUUUCCUUUCAGAUGAGCAUCGGAUCUGAAUGCGUAGUUUUGUUCUAUGGAACUUAAUCUAUAUACUGUUAGCAACCAAACUAAAUGUAUUGCUUGACGAGUAUAAGUUGAAAUUUUGUCUGUUGACAGAGAAUGAAUGUUGUUAAAAGACUUUUGCAGGAAAUUUGAUCCAUACAACAGUUUGAGAAUGAA